CGGCGGCCGGCGCGCGAAGCUCCCAGGCCGCCGGCAGCUCUUUCACUUUCGCUGCCGCCGCCAGCGCGCUCGUGGCUGUGGCCGCUCCUCGUCCCCCACCCCGCGCGCGCAGCCCCCCGCGCUCUCUCCCCAGCCUGGGCGCGGGCCACCAUGGCGGUGUUCAAGGCCCGGGUGGAGAUCAUACUGGACAAACUGACCCCAGGCGAGAAGAAAAUCUUCAAGCUAUACGUGAAGAACUCCACGCUGGAGCCCCGAAUCACGACGCAGGACUUGGAAACGGCCUCCACCACCUCCGGGCUGGCCGAUCUGCUGCUAAAGCGUUUCACCGUGUCCGGGACCCCCGGGGUCUUAACCGAAGGGCUCAAGAAGAUCGGCCGGAUGGACCUGGUGGCCGAGUCGGAAACUCUUUCAAGAACAAGUUUAAAGAGAGCAUAUGAAAAUGACGGCCCUGAGUUGGAAUGCUAUAAGAUGGACCAAAGUCGUAAGGCCUUUGUGAUGUGUGUGAAGGAUGGCAGACCAGGGGCUGAAAAGGAUUUAAACCUAAUAACAAACUGGCUUAAAAAGUGCAAGUUUGAAUAUAUAUCAUGUAUAGAUCCUAAUGAAGCAGAAUUAACUAAAGAAUUAAGGAAUUUUCGAGAUGGAAUAAAUGGAAUAAAAGAUGGUGUUAGCUGUUGCCUUGUUACUCUUAUGGCGCAUGGAGGAGAAGGCUUUAUAAAAACAAUAUUGGGUGAGAGAGUCAAUUUAUCAGACAUUUUUGAGAUGUUCAACAAUGAAAACUGUCCAUCACUUCAAGAGAAACCAAAGAUUUUUGUAAUCCAGGCUUGUAGAGGAGAUCAAAGAGAUGGUGGCGUUGUUCUAGCUGACGAUGAGCCAAUGGACCUGGAUUAUUCCGAGAAAAAGCGACUUCCCACAUUCAGUGAUUACUAUAUCAUCUAUCCCACCCAGAAAGAUCAUGUUGCUUUACGCCACCCAAUAAAUGGUUCUGUGAUGAUUCAAGCAAUAAAUGAAGUCUUUGAGCAGCAUGGAAUGAAGUGGCAUAUUGCAGAUUUUUUUACUCAAGUGAACAAUAGAGUGGUGCACACAGACUAUUACAUGGAUAAGAAUCCCAUAAAAGUAGUACUGGUCAUGGAGUCCACUCUCACCAAAGCUGUAUUUUUCUGAGUUUUGGAAGAGAAAAAGGAGGAGGGUUUUAAAUACAAAAUAACUUCUUUCUACAUUUGCACUGUGAUUCACAUAAUAUGAAACACUUCUGUGUAUUGAUUGAAACCUGCUGUGGAGAUUUCUAGGAUUGUACAAAACUGAGAAAGAUGUAUGGGAGAAUAGAUAGAAAGUAGUUCUUUUUUGUCAAAAGAAUAAUUUCACUAAUUGUUUUUUAAAAUUUUUAUUUCCUGUUUGUAAGUUUUACUUCAAAUGGUUUAUUUUCUACUUAAAUUCUUAAUUCCCUUUCAUUAAAAAAAAAAUUAAAUUUUUGUUCCCUCAGUCAUUUCAAAUUCUUCCAGCACAGGGUGAUACAGAGAAGGGGAAAAACAGUCCUUAAUAUCAAGGAGCUUGUAGUCUAAUGGGAAAGACAAAUAAAUGCCUAUGAUUGUG